AUGUCGCUGAGAUUUCUUCUCAUCAUUGGAAUAACAGUGACCGCUGUUGUGUCAGCUCAAGGACCAUGGAGAAGAGACAACAGAGAGUCGAGCCCUUCAGUGUACAACUCUGAUGAUAACUACGAGUGGACCACAUGGUUCAAUGUUGAUCAUCCUGGAGGCCGUGGGGACUACGAACAGCUGGAAGCCAUUCGCUUCUACUACCGUGCCCGAGUGUGCGAAACCCCUCGGGCGAUAGAGGCCAGGACCACUGAAUGGGUUCCAGCCCGUGAAUCUGGGGAGAAGGUCCAUGCAGACCCCGCUGUUGGCUUCUGGUGCCUCAACGAGGAGCAGGGUCCUGAUCGCAACUGUUCCAACUACGCAGUCCGCUUCCUCUGUCCUACAGAAAACCUGGUGAGCAUUCAGGGUACCUGGGGUCAGUGGUCAGACUGGAGCCAAUGCCCGGCCCUUUGUGGUCAGGUCGGGGUCCAACUGCGCUCAAGAAACUGCCAAUCUCAAUCUAUGCCUUGCGUUGGAUCUAAAGUGGAAGGGAGAAAUUGCGAUGGACCCGAGUGCCCAGAAACAGAUUGCUCUCUGCAGUGUGUGAUAGGAAAGGUGAAUGCUGAGUGUGACGCAUGCACGUGUGAAGAUCACAUCCUGCUUGGUUCUGUUCGUGGGGCUGGGGGUCUCACAGCUGAGGGGGCGACCAUCCUGCGCUCUGGUAGACUUCUCACCCUUACCGACCACAACGGGCAUUUCCGAAUCCCUGGAAUCUGCCCGGAUGGCAACACCACGCUGACUGUCAACCUGCAGGGUCAUACCACCCUCAGUGUCAUCGUGCCUCACAGUGCUGAACGUACCUCUGUCCUCAGUGUGCAGAUGAAACGACAAGAAAAGCUUCAGGUGCUGAGCAACCCUGAGAGCAAGGUCAGGCGGGAGGGACAAGCUACUGCCUUCUGCUGCAACGUGGGAGGAACACCAAAACCACACAAGUACCAAUGGUUUCAUAACGACAGUCUCAUGGAGAGGCACUCUGAGAGCACUUUGGUCCUGAAAGAUCUGCGUCCUGAGCAGAAUGGGGAGUACCACUGCAGAGCGAUCAGUCAGUCUGGGGCUAUCAAGACCAAACCAGCUACACUCAAAGUCUUAGGUAAAGAGGAGCUGUCAUGUAAUCCCAACCCGGAGUCCCACCUCAUUCGGCUUCCUCACGACUGCUACCAAAACAGCACAGACUCUUUCUACUAUGAUGUGGGCAAGUGUCCCUCAAGGUCAUGUGCCGGACAGCUGGAUAAUGGCAUCAGGUGCAAAGACAAACUGGCGUACUGCUGUGGUGUGCAAAAGAUGGAGGAGAGGCAGCUAACCUGCCAGGGCUACCAGCUGCCCACCAUGGUGGUGACCGAGUGCGGCUGCCAGAAGUGUGUUGACACCAAGGCCAUAGUGCACGGUAGGGCCAUUGCUGCAGACAAUGGUGAGCCAAUGAGGUUUGGCCAUAUCUUUAUGAAUGGAGUCCGAAUCAGUCGUACAGGCUACAAAGGCACUUUCUCCAUCCAGGUUCCUCCAGACACACAGAGGCUCGUCCUGACGUUUGUGGACAACAUGCAGAAGUUCAUCAACACCACAAAGGUACUCCCGUUUAACUCCAAAGGAGGAGCUGUUUACCAUGAGAUCAAACUUCUAAGGAAGACAGCCCCUGUGACCAUCAGCUCAACAGAAACUAACACACUGGAGCUUGGAGAGGGGGAGGGCCAGGAGGCUAUGGUUCAGCUCCAGAUUCCUCCUAAUUCCUUCUACACCGAGCAAGGGGAGGUCUUCACGGGUAACGUUAAUGCAAGUGUGACCUUCCUUGACCCCAGAGACGUCUCCACAGCUGCUGCAGCUCAAAGUGAUCUCAACUUUGUAGGAGAUGAAGGAGACACCCUGCCCCUGAGAACCUACGGGAUGUUCUCAGUUGACUUUAGGGGUGAGGAGAACAAUGAGCCCCUGAAUGCAGGUGAAGUGAAGGUGUUCUUGGAUUCUGCACAGGUGAAAAUGUCAGAACACCUCGAUAACAUGAAGCUGUGGUCACUGAACCCUGAUACGGGCCUGUGGGAGGAGGAAGGGAGUCUGCAAGUGGAGAAGAAAAGAAGAGGUAAAAGGGAAGAGCGAACCUUUCUGAUUGGGAACAUGGAGAUCAGAGAGAGGCGUCUUUUUAACCUAGAUGUCCCAGAGAACCGCAGGUGCUAUGUUAAAGUGAGGGCUUUCCGCAGUGAACGCUUCAUGCCCAGCGAGCAGGUGGAGGGAGUUGUGAUCAGUCUUAUAAACAUGGAGCCGACAGCUGGUUAUUCAACUAACCCUCGUGCCUGGGGCCGCUUUGAUAGUGUCGUCACCGGUUCCAAUGGAGCCUGUCUUCCUGCCUUCUGUGAUGAACAAAAAGCUGAUGCCUAUUCCGCCUACGUCAUGGCAAACCUCGGCGGAGAGGAGCUGGAGGCCGUCCCUUCUGCUCCCAAACUCAACCCUAACCUUGUUGGAGUGCCACAACCUUACCUGGGUAAGCUGAACUACAGGCGGACUGACCACGAGGACCCCAGAGUGAAAAAGACAGCAUUCAGCAUCAAUGUGGCGAAACCGAGUGCUAACACAGCUGAGGAAAGCAACGGACCGGUGUACUCAUUUGAGAACUUAAAGGAAUGUGAGGAGGCUUCAUUCAGUGCCCCACACUUCCGCUUUUCAAGAGUAGAAGGAGACCGCUACGAUUACAACACAGUGCCGUUCAAUGAAGAUGACCCCAUGAGCUGGACUGAAGACUACCUGAGCUGGUGGCCCAAACCCAUGGAAUAUCGAGCCUGCUAUAUUAAAGUCAAAAUGAACAGCCCACAUGAGAUCAACGUGCGAUCACGCAACAUGGGAGGCACUCACCCAAAGACAGUAGGCCAGCUGUACGGCCUCAGAGACACUCGUAGCAUCCGUGACAUGGACCAGACAGCUGUAUCGGCAGUCUGCCUGGAGUUCAAGUGCAGCGGGAUGUUGUACGAUCAGGAACGUGUAGAUCGGACCCUGGUGAAAGUGAUCCCACAAGGAAGCUGCAAGAGGGAUAAUGUCAAUUCAAUGCUUCAAGAGUAUCUGGUCAACCACCUGCCACUGGCCGUUAACAAUGACACCAAUGAGUUCACCAUGCUAGCACCUCUUGACCCUCUCGGCCACAACUACGGAAUUUACACAGUGACAGACCAGGACCCCCGCACGGCCAAAGAGAUCGCACUUGGACGCUGUUUCGACGGCACCUCUGACGGUACAUCUCGUGUCAUGAAGAGCAAUGACGGCGUAGCGCUGACAUUCACAUGCGUGGAUCGUGAGGCGAAUCGUCAGAGUGUUUUCCAGGCCCUUCAGAAUACUCAGGGUCAGACAGUGACGAGCGUGGUGAGGGGAGAAGGCAGACAGAACCGACGUCGGCAGAGGGCAAACACACCCCGCAGCAGUCGAAGACGUAGCACCAGAAACCCUCUAGGGAAACGCACUAAAGCAACGAGCUAAAUGUCAACACUGAACGUCGUGGAGACCAAUUCAACACCUGAAAUAAAGAAGUGACUGGAUGGCAUAAAUCAGUGCAAAAAUUUUGUCUGGACUUUUUCAAAUUAACUAUGUAAACAAAAUGUAUACUUUUUUUUUUUUUUUUUACAGCUCCAUCCGUGGCAUUGUUACUUUGUACUACUUGUUUCAUCUGUACUGUGGUAAAUAUUUACUUGACUGUAAAUAGAGUAUUUAUUACAUGUGCUUUAAAAUCAGUUAUCAGUGAACGAGGUGCUGUGUUACUACAUUCAAGUCUUGCUCAUUGACACAACAGAAACACGAGUCCUUUUGACCAGUGAUUUAUUAAAUUAGAUGCUUAUAAAACAUUGCAGAUGCUGUAUCUUCCACAUUGUAUGAAUCCAAUUGUCCAUUUAGCAAUGAAACUGGUCAAGUGCUAGGAAAGAAAAGGAGAAAAGAACCCUUUUCGACUGUAGCCCAUAUGAAGACAUGGUGGGGUGAAGCCAAUAAGCCCCCGCUCCUCAUCACACUUGAUACAAGCCUGCAGAAGCAAUGAUUAGGAGACCAGUUGUAGCAAGUUAGUCCACUUGCCUGAUCCAUAAUUUUCUGCAUUAGUAGAAAUCAAAUAAGUAAAUUACAUAUUCGUCAUGCACAGAAAAUACCUAUAAGCACUCUUUGCUCCAUGUUUUCAAGGAUAAUCCAGAGAUGUAUCAAGAGAAUGGCUGUUAGGUUUUUAAAGUCACAUUUAUUUUACUCAUCUAUCCCUUUUACCUUACAAUGAAUGUCAUGUGCUCUCUGUAAAAUUACAACUACUACUUACAUGUUGCUUCAGUCUCAAUUUGCCCACAUCGCAACCUGUCCAGAAAUAAAGAUGAAUAAUGUAUUGGAUAAUCGUUCUGAAUUUGGCAACCAAAGUUAGAUACUUUUUACCUCCUGGUUGGAAAACCAUCCACAGGAAAGUCGGACCUAUAAUAUAUACAUGACAUUCUGGUUAAAGGAUUUGCAUAGAACCUUGUGUUUCUAUGUCACUACACUUAUAACUGCAAUACUGUAUCUGCCAUUUUAACAGGAGCAACAUUUAAUAAAAAUGAGACCUGCAAAACUCAGACAACAGCAGUCAUGAUGAGCUCUUCACUGAAGCUUGGUCUUCCAACAGAUACUAUAUGAUUAUGCGUGUUUGAGUUGAGGCUGAAUGAGACAGAGAAAAGGCAAUUCCAUAUGUAUGAACAUAAAGAGUUGAUGUAACUGGAUGCUCCCUGGUAUAGUCUCUCUGGUCAUUGAAGCAAAAUGAAUGGGGGCAACACAUAGUUCAGAUUUUCCAGGAUGGCACUGGACAGCAUGAGAAGGUACAGCUGCAUUUCUGAGGGUGGAGAAGGGGAAAGGGCAGUGGCAAUGCAGCCAGUGUCACAUGAAGUCCUCGUAGUCUUGGGCGUAGCCACCGUCAAACUCUGCAUAGUCAAGGUCAUCUCUCAUCUGUGCUUUUAAACCGCCUCCAGGUACGACUCCUUUCUUCUUUUUCUUUCCUUU